AUGCGACCAUCUCGGAGGAAUUACGUUGGUAUAUUUUUUUCACUUGUCGGCUUCAUCUUUAUCCUACUGUGUCUGGUAGGCUGCCGAUCGAACUCUGGAGCAAAGCUAUACUUCGCACAACUGACCGAACGACCGGCCGGCACGCUGUCAAUAAACGUUGGUUGGCAAGGCUAUUGCAUUACCGAUCGUGGCGGGAUCACUUCAUGUCGAACCGAUGAUGGUGUAAUGAUGAUGCCCUUUGACGUAACGAUUCCAGAAAAGUUCAACGAAACAUUUCCCGAGCUAUUCACAGACGAAAUCGAGCAAGAUCCGGAUUUGAAUCCUGCCUCACAACCGAACCCCCCACACAAUCCCAAGAUCUAUCCUGCCUCAGUGCUGUGCCUCCUGUGUGGCGGCGCUGCCACAUUAAUAGGCUUGGUGUGGGCGAUAUUAUACCCCCGGUUUCAGGACCAAUAUUAUUCGCGUGGAUUUCUUGCAUGGGGCGCAGCCGUGCUGGCACUCUUACUGGUUGCACAGUCAUCGAUCAUGUACGAGAAUGGUGUGGACCAACUCAACCUCGUUUACCCACAUUUGGAAGCUGUCAGAGGCCCUUGUUUGGUGUUAAGUGGCAUGGCAUUUGCGUGCUUUGCGAUCUCGGGAUACACGUAUUUGCAUGGCUGCUUUAGCAAAGAGGAGGAUGAGGCAGCUUUGGGUGAAGGAUACAAUCCACUCUAA